AAUUACCAAGUGAGAAAUGACUAAACUAACACGAAAUGAAAAGCUAAAAAACAUGUACUCUCUCUAUAUAAACUGUCAUCCAUCAGCGAUGUCGUAGUAGUCAGCUAUUCCUGUGGCUCAAUGCCGUAUUGGCCAAGCCUGUGGAGUUCGAAGUUACGGUGAGUUGAAUUGAGCAGCAGGUAGAGUUGAAAAAUGAUGAGACGACGGCGCUUCUAGAUGUGAGCGGGAUGAUGUGUGGCGCGUGUGUCUCACGCGUCAAGGCGAUCUUGUGAGCGGAAGGCAAAGUUGACUUGGCUGUGGUCAAUAUGUUGAAACCGGAUGCAGCUGAGACUGGUUUGACGUCUCUAGUGUUGGCUAAGAGGUUGCCGAAAUGUGGUUUUCCGUCGAAGAAGAGGUCAUCUGGGUUAGAGGAAUCGAUGCCAAGGUGAAGUGGAAGGAAACGGUGAAGAAAAAGGUGACGUUGCUUGUUAAGAGUCGUAACCCAGUGGCUUCCACUUGGACUCUGGUUGCUUUAUGCUGUGGAACUCACGCUACUCAUAUUUUGUACUCUCUUGGCAUUCAUAUUCACGGUUCAAUGUUGGAUAUACUGCAUAAUUCUUAUGACAAAGCUGGAUUGGCCGUUGGGGCUUUAUUAGGACUUCGACGAGAGCUGCUCUUUGAUGGUCUUCUGGCAUUCACAAAGGGAUCACCAAAUAUGAACUCUCUUGUUGGCUUUGGAGCUGCUUUUGCAAUUAGUUCUUACGCAGGUCAUGCUUCUUGGGUUUGUAUUACUAGGGUGUUCCUUGGAGGAAAGGGCAUGGCUGAAGGCAUCUAGUGACAUGAAUGAGCUAUUAUCGCAUAUAUCCACUGAGUCUAGACUUGUAAUUACUUCCUCCGGUAGUGAUUCCUCGACCGACGUUGUCGGUUCUGAUGCAAUUUGUAUUGAAGUUCCAACCGAUGAUAUUCGAGUUGGUGAUUCUUUGCUCAUUUUUCUGGGAGAAACUAUAUUCGUAGAUUCCGUUGAGGAUCGAGGCCUUUUCCACUGGUUCCCAUCAACAAUUUCCAAGGUUGGUCUGUCGAUUUGGAUCAACAUAUUUUUGCUGUCUACCUGUCGCAAUUUACACGUAUUGAGGAGGUUCCGGCACAUGUGGAGUGUAGCACUUGCCAGUUGCCAAGAUGAAGGUGCUAUGAUUAUUUACUCCUUGCUGGCAACCAAAAGCUGAGACAGUCUUUGUUUUCUGAAAUCUCAACUACACCAAUUUUCUUGAAAAGCUUAACAUGUUCUAAAGCUUGUAGUGGCGCCAUCUUUGAAUUGCAGUUUUCAAAUAAAUGUGUAAUAUAACUUUCUGUGCUGUAUAGGGAUUUUGAGACUUCGAUUACUGUUUAUGGAGUUAUUUAUGUGACUCCCUUGAAUGUUUGACAUG